AUGACAAACAUCGAGCCAGGCGCGCAUCCCAUUCCAGGGCCUCAAAAACCACAUGUCAUUCCAGAGCGCCAACCAUCAAAUGCCGGGGCACAAUCCCCCUACGUACCAGGAGUCGUCUUCAGCCUCAUGAUCCCAGAGGAGGCCCCCUCCUACCCUGGAGUCGUCUUCAACGGUCCCGUCAACAUCGUCGGCAACCCGACCAUCGCGAACGGGCCUGCCACCAUCUACAAAGACGGAGCUGUGCACGUCUCGAAUACUGUCGGCAGUGUCCCGACCGUCCCGAGUGCACCUGCAACAAUCUAUGAACAAGGAGCUAUUCACAUUGAGCACAGGCGCGACGCUAUCCCGGUACACGACCAAAAGAGUGAGACAGCAACCACCAACGAAGCUAGCCGCACCAUAAUUCAAGGCGCUGAAUCAACCCCAGCCAUUGCACCGGGCGAGCCAGCGUCCGAGCCUCGUCUCUGA